AAUAGAAUUCUAACAAUAUUGUACCUUCAAAUAUUUGAUAAUCGAAAAAUUUAAUUUAGUAUUAAAGAAAUCGCGACAAAGUAACCAUGUCUGAAGUUGAAGUAGUGAAUAUGAUCAAAGCCAUCAUUUCAUCAUUUGAUGAUGGUCUACCUAUUGAACAAUUGGAAGAUCAAUAUGAAAUAUGGGGGAAGAGCACCAUUCCAUAUCUUGCAUUUGGUUAUAAUAGUUUAAAUGAAUUAUUAAGAAAUUAUCCUGAAAUAAAAACUACUAAAAAUAAACAGACGGAGAGUGUUUUUACGGUGGUAUAUAAACCAACUAAACCCAGAUAUGAGAAAAGGAAUAAUAGAAAAGAUGGAAGAUUCAUGCCUUAUAAAAAAGCUCGAACAUCUAUGCCUCGUAGAACAGUGACACCUGUAAAUUUAGAUUACUCUUCUUCGAAAGAUUCAUUUCGCUCAAGUCCUUCUUUUCGUCCAAGUUCUUCUUCAUCUGUACGUACAACGUCUUCUUACAAAAGCAGAAGAUCACAAACACCUGACAUUACAAUUGAUCCACAUAAAUCAAUGGAAAAUGUUAAUGAACCAAUUUUGAACGGUCAACAAUUAAUUGGAGAUGAUUUUGCCCUUCAAAUUGCAAUUAAAACCUUAGAUUCCAAACUUUAUAGGAAAUCAGAAAAAGCCCCAUUAUAUAGCGGUUUAUGCGUCUCCGGACAAUCAAUUAGAGCUUGCACAAGAAGAUUGAAAAACACGUUUUCUAUUUCAAAUAAAGUGACAAUAAUGUUAGGAUCCGUCGAUAUAUAUGAGGGAAGAACUUUAAAACAAAUGAAAGAGGAUUAUUUGGAGCUUCUGAAAACUUUAGAAGAAAAUUUUUGUCUAUCAAAAUCAUCAAUAACAAUUGGAACAAUUCCUCCAUUAGCAAAUAUAUCUUUUAGAAUGCAUUACGAAGAAUUUAGCACACUAGUGUGCUUUAAUAACUGGCUGCGAUAUUUAAUUGAUAACAGAUAUGAUGAAAUAAGGCAAAGAAAAUUUUCUUAUAAAUUCAUUGAUUUUCAUAAGGAAUUAUUAACUGACAUCGAGGAAGUCAAUUAUGAUUAUUUUCAAAAUGAUGCCAGAAAUGUAUCUGGGACAAGACAUGGUUACGUUUUUUUUAAUCCAUUAGGACGAUCAAAAGUUGUGAGCCUUUUCUUUAUUAAUGAUACAGAAAAAAGUGAAAAUAAUAAUUAUCACUCGUCAAACAAUUGGCCUGAAAUUUCAAACGACUUUGUCAUGUGUAAUUUUUAAAAUCAGAGACUAAUAUGUUUUCUUUUUUUAUGAAAUCAUUUUUUCCCCUCAAUUUUUUAUAUCUUAAAUAAAGUUAUUAAUCCCGACUUAUAUUUCAAGAUAUUAAAAAAUUGAAAUUGAAAAUUAUUCAUAAAAAAAACAUAUUUCUGAUAAAAUUUUUAUUUGUCAUCUAGAAACAAAUAUUGUAUAUAUAUAUUUAAUGUAAGUUGUUUGUACAAAUGUAAAAAAAAAAUCGGAAAGUUGAAAAUUUUUCCAAAAACAGUCAUGUAAAUAUUUCUCGUGAUACGAAUAUUUUUUUAUAGUAGACGAUAUUUUUUAUAUUUUUAUAUAUGUAUAUUAAUAAUGUUAUUAACAAAAAAAAUUGUCAAUUCGAACACUAUUUACAAUAUGUUAUACUUUAUAAAUUUAUAUUUCAAUAAAAAAUGUUUGUAAAAAAAAA